GAAAUCAUAGGAGCACAGGUCUUACAAACGUGUUGGAGUCUACAUAAUCCAUUAUUGAAUUAUUUCUUGUUCAAGUCUUUAUUCAGCAUUCAUGAUUCAGUUUAUUGAGUUGCUCAUCAAGUAUUAUGAGAACUACCACCUUAAAUUUCCAGCAAUGAGCUUUUACUGCAAUGGUUCUGAUGCUACAAAGUGAAAUCAAUCUUGUUGAUAAUCACUUACCUUCUGCUAUUAUAUUCGUUCUAAGUUAGAACAAUUUUGAUUGUUGUUGUAGCAACCAAUAAGAAAUUAUCCUAGGAACAUAUUUUAUUCUAGCUUCUUGAACUUCUCACUUCCAUAAUGAUGACCAGCGGAGGUGGUGGCCUUAUCACCACCCAAGCCACACAACAAGACCUUUCUCCUCAGGAAAGUCAAUACUCUCUCAAGUGGAACAACCAUACCUCAACUUUCUGUCAUGUCUUAUCUACGUUGAGAGAAAAAGACAAGUACAGUGAUGUGACACUGGCAUGUGAGGGACGCUUCUACAAUGUGCACCGUCUGGUGCUGGGAAUUUGUAGCGAUUAUUUUGAUGCCAUGUUGGAGCGCACCCCAUGCAAGCAUCCCAUUAUUGUUCUUAAAGACAUCAAAGCAGAAGAUCUUGAAUCUCUCUUGAGCUACAUGUAUAUUGGCGAAGUGUCUGUCAGUCAUAGCGAUUUGGGACGCCUCAUUAAAGCUGCUGAAUUACUUUGUAUCAAAGGUUUAGCUGUUCCUGAUGAACCUCCUCCAGGCUAUGCUGAUGCUGGCUUAACUGCCUCAGUUGUGAGAGAUAAACAUUCUAGCCUCAUUUAUGAUACCAGUGAAGGAAAUGUCAUGACCUUUGUUGCACAUGGAGCUGAGACUGAACAGCAAGUGCAGUGUGCUACUGAACAACCAUUCCGUAAUACCCGCAGCAGCCCUCCUAAUAGAAAGAGGCGCAAAGAAGAACACAUUAGCAGCAAUAGUAGUGGCAGUGUUACAAUGGUUACCACAAACUCCUUGCUUAUGGCUGCUGCUGAAAAUGGUACUUCAUGUCCAACUGUAUCUGCUGGUGGUGUGCUUAGCUCUACUGUAACUGUGGAUGAGACUGGGGGAGGAACACUUGUUUAUCAUCAGACUUCACCAUCCCUUCAGCCUGGUUCACCACCCACCUCUUCUAGCUCAUUAAAUGGCAGCACAGUUGUGGUGAGCCAACUGCUAUCAUCUGCUGUCAUUACNACGGUAUUUUCAUGCUCAAUGUUUGAGACUCAUUCAGAAGGUAAUGGGGCCCAAGGGUCGAGUGACGGCGGGUCUCACCAGCCGCAGCCUCUUGCCGAAGCGGUGGCUGAAGCUUUAGCUGGACCAUCUGGCCUGCAAAGUUGGCUUAGCGCCGGGGAGACAAGCUUUUCGACUGUGGAGAGCUAUGCAGCCACGGCCGGAGAGCUUGCCCAGCAUGGCCUCAAGACGCAGAAUGUACCACAUUUGCCACUGCUGGCUGAGGACCUUGGAGGAUCACAAGGCUCUGGCAGCGGAGUUUGCACCUCCCCAGGCGUCGGUGAAACCAGUCUGCCUCCCGCCUCGGGCGAUGGCAGCGACAACGGAUCUGAUGCGGUGGCCACUUCAAUACCUUUACCAACACACUUGACUAUCACGAAAAGCGGUGGCAGUUUUAGCAGCAUCCUGCACCAAUGUCCAAGCUGCUCCUACACAACCUCACGUACCGACAGCAUGGAAAUACAUUUACGUACACACAGCGGCGAGAAACCUUUCGCUUGUGUGUAUUGUAGCUACCGCACGGCACGUAAAUGGUCGUUAUCCGUACAUCUCAAGACACAUACCGGCGAAAAACCUUACCACUGUCCUAACUGCCAGUACCGAGCUGCCAGGAAGGAUGUGCUAAACGCACAUCUUAAAACGCAUUUGCAGGUCAAGAGAGAAGCGGACGAACAAGUUGACUGAGAAAUCAUUAUUUGCUGAUCUACGAAGUAAAAUUAUUUAAUUUUUUGUGAGACAAUGUCUCCUGUUGAGUCAAGAUAUAUAAUAGAAUAUAAUAAGUUAAUUUUUGCCGCUGUGUAUUGUUUUUGGGUGUUAUCUAUUUCUCUUAUUUUGAAAGCUUGUGGUUGUUAUAGGCCAAGACUGCAUGUCUCGUCGUACGCUGAUGUUCGAUGUCCGUGUUCACCUUGUAGCUGAAAGUAGUUCUUAUUUUUUUUCAAACACGAAGAGCGGGGCAAUAGUUACGUUGAACGUUAAACUCGGAGAAAAUUGCCGGAUUUAACACGGCCCUGAUGACGUUAAUGGAGAUUUGAACGCCCACUUAAGCUACCAAAUCCGCUUAACUUCUGCAGCGAGAGAUCAACGAGAAUUUUUUCCCUUCUUCUUGCGUUGUAGUUCAUGGUUGUCUUGAAUUAGGUUACGGCAUAGCAUGAACUUAGAACGUACAAUUCAUGUUUGUAUUUAGAUGAAUCUAUCAACAUUGUAUUUAGAUGAAUCUAUCAACAUUUACAUUACCAUUGUCGGUCCCUCCAUUAUAUUGUUCUCACUCAGAGCAUUGUACUAUUCCGGAACGGAAAACGAAUUUUCGCUAAAUUAUUUAACCUAAAAAUUGAAUUCUUAUUUAAAAAAAUCGAAUAAAAAAUUCGAAAAUGAAUUCCUAUAUAAAAAUCGUAUGAAUUUAAUUCUUUCAUUCCCAUGUAAUGUUCGAAAAGUUUGGUAUGCUAUGACAUAGUCUCUUAUUUAAUUUCGUGAUUAAUUAUUUAAGUAAUCAUGGGUCAUGUAUUUGCUUUGGUAGCUAAAAAUUUCAUAUUCAUAAUCAUUAAUAUGGUUCAACUAGCAGAGGUAAUUCUAAAGCUAAAAUUUAAAAUCGUUUUAUUGUUUGCUGUUGUAGUGCAAUUCUUUCACCGUGUGCCACUCAUAAAAAAGUCAAUUUAU